ACUACAUUACCAUCUCUUUUCCUCCUCCCCUGUUUUUCUUCUCUCCCUUGAUCAUUCUCAUUUGCUUGUUUUCUUUUCCAUAAAAUGCCUCUCUUUCUUUAUUUGUGUCUUCCAUGCCUGUCUUUGUAUAUUUCUAUAGAUAGGCACAGCUGAAGAGAUUCUAGCCGUUCUCUCAGCAUCCUUUCAUGCUGCUUUCACUCAUUCACGCCACAAAAUCUUCUGUCACUUCUCUCACGGGGGGGGGAGAGAGAAUUGUCUUUUUUAUUUUCUUCUGUUUAUUCCUUCACUCAGCCGAAGAAUCAGACUGCAGCUUGUGUUUUAUUCCAGAACGCCACCGUCUGCGUGUUAAAACGGAUUUUCUAUUCUAAACUGGAAUCAUGUUCUAUUUCCAGCUGGUGAUCAUGGCAGGAACGGUCCUCCUGGCUUACUACUUUGAGUAUACGGACACGUUCCCGGUGCACGUUCAAGGAUUCUUCUGCUUCGAUAAAGCCUUCUCCAAGCCGUAUCCAGGACCUGAAGAUGACAGCAAAGCUCCUCCGGUGCUGGUGUAUUCUCUGGUCACCGCCAUCCCCACCGUCACCAUUCUGGUUGGGGAGCUCGCAUCCUUCUUCACUAAACCUGAGGCCACGCAGGAAAAGACUAUUGUUACGGCUGACUGCUGCUAUUUCAACCCGCUGCUGAGACGUAUCGUCCGCUUUCUUGGUGUGUAUUCCUUUGGCCUCUUUACCACCACCAUCUUUGCCAAUGCAGGGCAGGUAGUGACAGGAAACCAGACACCUCAUUUCUUGUCUACAUGCCGCCCAAACUACACAGCUCUGGGCUGCCAUUCACCGCUGCAGUACAUCACAGAGAGGCGAGCGUGCACCGGAAACCCUUACCUCAUCACCUCCGCACGAAAAUCUUUCCCCUCCAAGGACUCGGCGCUGAGUAUGUACUCGGCUGUCUACACAGUGAUGUAUAUAACUCUGGUUUGGAGGACUAAAGGCACAAGGCUGACAAAACCCACUCUCUGUCUGACUCUCAUCUCUCUGGCUGUUCUGGUGGGCAUCGUGCGUGUGGCUGAGUACCGCAACCACUGGUCUGACGUUCUAGCUGGAUAUCUCACCGGAGGAGCCAUCGCCGCUUUUCUGGUCACAUGUGUGAUCAAUAACUUCCAGCAGACCCAGCCUCAGCUGCCCCCCUUACCGCCGCCUGUGCACCCUCCUCGCCUGGAGCCCCCGCUCAACAUGCCCAUGGUGGCCAUGCCCUGCGUAGAGAGUCCACUCGAAAACAGGUUCCAGGGGUUUUGUACACAGGCAUCACAUGACCAUCAGCCAUACCUGGCCCCCGCCCCUCCCGAUGUCCUCAUCCACUCACGUCGCUCCAUCUCAAGCGCAGUCUAGACAUGCCUUCAGAAUAUUCUACCUGCGCUCGCCCUAGACCCUCCCUCACCAGAUCAUACUCCACUCAGGUCUAGAGCCUCCCCGUACUCACCUCUACUGCCCCCUAACGGCUGACAAAGACAAUGACAGCAAUAGCCGCUCAUUUCAAUCUGGAUUAUUUUGUAACGGCAGCCUCGUGUUUAUCUGAAUCCUCACAGUACAUGUCUUUAAUUUUUUGGGUGGGUGUUUUGUAUUAUUUUUACUAAAGGAACUGAUAAUACUCUUCCAUAUCUGUAAAUCUGCUAUGUAUUUGCAUUAUCGAUGCCAGACGUUGACAUUCUGUGUACAUUAUAAAAAGAUUUCCUCAUCUGACAGCCAUACAGAAACUGAAUAUCAACUGUGAAAUCUAAGACUUAAAUUAACAUCUAUUGACAUUUAAGAGUGAAAGGAAGAAAUUCAAUUCUAUUUUUGGAAAUAUAGAUUAGGUAUAGGAUGUAGCAAAUUAAUGUUAAGCAUAUUUGAAAGAUAAUAAAUAGAUUGUUAGCACUAUUUUUAUGGAUAAGUAUUUAAGUUAAAUAUCCAUGGAGCAAAAUAUUGCAUUAUUCAGAAAUAAGGUUAUAGAGAAUCAAUAGCUGUACAGAGACAGUUUUCAAGAUUAUAAUAUAUUUAAGAACAUUUCAGAACCAGUUAGGUGGGAUGUGAAGGAGACAAAUAUGUACAGGAUGUAGCAAAUGUUUUAUAUCUUACACUGUAUAAAAUGUGAAUGUGUUCCCUUGGAAUUUUACUGUUAGAGUUAUUGACAGUUUAAGUCAAUUUAGUGAUAUAAUCCAGAACCAAAAAUACAGAGACUAAGGAAUCACCUCAGGUUUCAUCCUAAGGUUAAUGGGAUACAUCUACCAACUGUCCGUGUCUCACAUAAGAUUAUGUAAUUUUUUGUAAAUAACUUUUUUUUUGUCAUUUUACAUACAAAUUACUAUGUGUUCAUUAAACAGCAUUCUGUGGAAUUUACUGAACAUGUGUACAAGAGACUUUCGUGAAACCGCUCAUUUGUGAUUUUUUUUGGAGAGAUUGUGAAACUGAAAAUACCCUGUAAAGCUUGUUGUCAGACAUUUUGUCUAUCGAUGUUAUUGGCUAUUUUGUAAGCCAGCAUUUUUCUACAUAGUUCAUCCACUGAAGGAAGUGAGAUAAAGCCUCCGUAUGUAACAUGGUGCUUGAAUGUGACUGUUCAGGUAUAGCCCUCUUUUCAUUUUAUAAAAAAAAAAAAUUAUAAUAAUAAUACGCGUAAAAGUUCAAUAUGAAGAUAAAUGAUUCUUGCAGAUCGGCUGAUUGUUAAUUAAACAUUUAAUUAAAAGGAAA